CCGCCGACGACACGCACGUGCACGGGCAAACCGUGGCAUUGGAUCGGAGUCACACGGAGCGUGACAUCGUGAAGUGGUACACGACGGAUCCGCACUCCAGACAGCGGUUACCCAGUGACCCGCCCAGCGACGACGAUGGCGACUAAGGUGGACGGGGUUCCGGGCCCACGGAACAAUGGCCACGAGAUGGCGCCCCUCAACACGAGGGCCCGCGGCGAUGGCACGCACGGUGUCACGAUCAUGCUGUCGCCGCCGGACCGCAGCUCGAUCGGAUCGCGCGACGGAGCCGGCGCCCUGCCCGACGGUGACCCGGACCGUGCCGCCUGGUCCGGCAAGAUGCAGUUCUUCCUCAGUAUUAUCGGCUACUCGGUCGGGCUCGGCAACAUCUGGCGGUUUCCGUACCUGUGUCAGCAAAAUGGCGGAGGUGCCUUCCUGAUACCGUUCAUGAUUAUGCUGAUUCUGGAGGGCAUUCCACUGUUCCUGAUCGAGCUGGGGAUGGGCCAGCGGAUGCGGCUGGGUGCGCUCGGUGUGUGGAACACCAUCCAUCCCUGGCUCGGCGGCAUCGGUAUCAGCUCGUGCAUCGUGACACUGUUCGUGGCGAUCUACUACAACGUGAUCAUCACCUGGUGUUUCUACUACUUCUUCAACAGCUUCCGGUAUCCACUGCCUUGGGGAACCUGCCCGCAGCUUAACGGGACCGAGGUCGAGGAGUGCGAGCGGUCAUCGGAGACCGCGUACUUCUGGUACCGCACGACGCUCGAUGCGGCCCCGAGCAUAGACGAAACCGGGGGCUUCAAGUGGUGGAUCGUGCUCUGCCUGAUGCUCUCCUGGACCGUAGUGUUCUUCAUCGUGAUGAAGGGUAUCCAGAGCUCGGGCAAAGUAGUGUACUUCACCUCGCUGUUUCCGUACAUCGUGCUGACGAUCUUCUUCAUCCGUGGUAUCACCCUCAAAGGAGCGGGCGCAGGACUGAUGCACAUGUACACGCCGAAGGUGGAGAAGCUCCUCGAGCCGACCGUGUGGCUCGAUGCGGCCACGCAGGUCUUUUACUCGUUCGGUCUUGCGUUCGGCUCGCUGAUCGCCUUCGGCAGCUACAAUACGCCCAAGAACAAUUGCGUCCGGGACGUGCUGCUCGUGUCAGUGUGUAACGCCGUCACCGCGAUCUACGCGAGCGUCGUGAUCUUUGCCAUUCUCGGCUACAAAGCAACGCUGGGCGUUGAUAGGUGUAUUCAAGUCAAUAAGCACGUUCUGGUGAAGCACGGUCUGCUGGAGUCGGUACACGCGGAGAACGCCGAGUACGAGCACGUAAUGGCCGGCCUGAACAGCACGAUGCUGAAGGACUGGGAGUUCGAAAAGUGUAGUCUGGAUGAUCAACUGUCCAGUGCCGCCGAAGGAACGGGUUUAGCGUUCAUCGUGUUCACUGAAGCGAUCGUCGAGCUGCCGGGAUCGCCCUUCUGGGCCGUGCUCUUCUUCACCAUGCUGCUCUCGCUCGGGUUGGGUUCACAGAUCGGCAUCCUGGAGGGGAUGCUCUGUACGAUCUUCGAUAUUGACAUCUUCAAAAGAAUCCGGAAACCUUACGUCACCGGUGUCGUCUGUGCGUUCUGUUUCACCGUUGGACUGAUAUUUACGACCGGUGCCGGUGAGUACUGGCUCAAGAUGUUUGACUCCUUCGCCGGCACCAUCGGGCUGGUGGUGGUGGCCCUCAUGGAGAUGAUAGCCGUUAUCUACAUUUACGGUCACGAAAAGUUUACCGAAGACAUUUAUCAAAUGACCGGAACCCGGCCCGGUAUCUACUGGCAGAUGACCUGGCGGUACAUUGGUCCGGCCAUCAUGUGCUGCAUUCUGCUGUCAUCCAUCCUCUCGAUGAUACUACGGAAUCCAUCGUACGGUGCCUGGAACGGGGAACUGGGUAUCGUUGAAAGCAAAGCGUACCCGGACUGGGUCAUGGGGAUCGCCCUGGCGAUGAUCAUCGCCGGUGUCCUGCCGAUGCCCGUCGUGUUCCUGCUGAGACGCUUCCAGAUCCUGAGUGUCGAUCUCGACAUUCACCAAGGCUCGAUCCGGCGAAACGAGACCACCGCAUCGACGAAGGAAAUGAUCGACGAAGACGACGUCGUAAGUCCUGAUCUGCCACCUCCACAGUCCCUGGCAGCUACUCGAUUCACGAUCGGAGACUUUGAUGAUGAUGAUGAUGAUGACGAUUUUAGUGGACCCGCACUGGGCGGGCCCGUGAACCUGCGGAGCGAUUCGGACGACGAAGACGAACCACCGACGAUGGGCAAGAUGCUGGCCAAACAGUCCGCCAACACUACCACGGCAUCUUCGCAGCAGCCAAAGCAGCAGCAGCUACAGUUCAAAAACCAGUCGCAUCUAACGCCGAGCGUGCUCGGGGCCACGGCGCGUAAGAAACCGUUCCGAAUGGAGGUGGUCGACUUCUAGGACCUCCGCUACUAGGGCCAGGGCCCCUAGGACUAGGGACUAGGACUCUUCCGCCGGCAAGCUUCUAUGUGUACCGUUUCCGUUCUUGUGUCGGCCUGUCGCAGUGCUCUAAGCAAUCCUUCCUCGCCCGUAACCUCGUUUAGUUCAGUUAAGGCUUGGUGGACCGACGCAGUCGUGUCACUAGGCUGCCCUUGGAUUUCACUCGUAGGUCGCAGCGCAGCCCAGCUGCCGCUCGCGGCCCAUGUUGGAUAGAUGGUGGAUAGCCGAUGUUACGUGUAAAUAAUGAUGUAUAGCACAUAAUGAGCAGAAGAUGCUGAAAAUCAAUCUAAUCGUAAACCCCAACCCCCCCCAUUAUAUGAUAAGAAGCGGUCCCGCCGGACUGCUCUAGGUACUGCUGCUACGGAGAAGAUAUUUCCACUCACCACCACCACCUUCGCUGUGUGAUACCGUUACCGAAACUCCAACUAACUGUGUGGCACCGGAACCGCAACCGGUGCUGGGGAUUGAGUUUGAGUUGAGCGUGUGCCGAGAGGGUUCGUAGUGAUUUGUUGGCCACCAAGUUUGCCAGUUACCUGCUGUACUUGCGGUCGUUGUAAAAAUUGCGUACCGUUUCAGCCUCACCGGAGGCGCUCUAUAUAGCUUCAGUCUAGAGAGAUGCGUUUGGUUUCGGUAGAAAUACAUACGGGGCGUUCACUAGAAUCACCCAUUCAUGGCUCCCCUCCGUAGAGGACAAACUGCUGGGUGAGCGGCAGAACCUGGGGGGAGCCCCCACUUUUAUGGAGCGAAUUGUAACGUUUUACUUUUCGCCUGUCGUUAGGCGGCAAGUAUUUGCUUACCCAAAGUCUGCGCGAGUGCUAGGCACGAGUACAAUAACCACCCCAGGCAGCAUAAUGCGUAGUUUAGGAGCGUCGGCCAAGUAUUUAUAUACGCCAGCAGGAUUGAGUUCCGGAGCCGGGCGGACGGAAGUUUGUUGUAAAACUCUCAGAAAGACACCACCCAGACCCAGAAGCAACUCAGUACCCCGUAACGGUGAUUAGUUAAGUACAUGAGACAUAUGUAAGAUAUUAAUGGAUGGCGAUCCAGAAAGGGGGGGACACGAUUUCGACAGGGUGGCUGUGGUAUGGUGCAGCGGUCAACUCGCUGCGUGUGAUGUGUUCGUGGAACCGUAGAUUCUUCCUCUUGUCACGUAACGUUUGUGUUCUGUGAAUAAUCGAACUAAAUUAAUGACACCGCUGCGCGGACAUAUGAACACUAAAUUGAGUAGCUCUCGGGCCAUAAUCUGUUUGCCAUCACUUCCGGUUUGAGUCGGGCCAGCAAAGGAUAUUAUUUUUGAACUGACAAAAUGCAUUAUUGGCUACACACUUACUUUUCGAUCGAUUUAACUACACACCGGAACAGCUUUUGAGCUCAUGAGCUUUCGGUUAGGUUUCCUUUUUUUGCCGUUCCUGCGAGUUUAAAUCGUUAAUAACUAAUCAAAAGCCAACCUAAAAAGUCGCCCGCUAAACGAACUUACACUAAAAACCAACCAAACCAAGAUGCCGUGCGCAACUUGAAAGAAAACCAAACAAAAACCAUACAAUAAACACAAUGUGAUCAACGCAAGUAAACGCAAAAGAGAGGAAACC